CGCUCGCCAAGCUCAGCGCGCGGAGCUUGCCGCUUGGUACCGGAGUGUUACGUGCGCUUUAGUCAUGACUUUUGAGGAAUUUUGCGGACAAGACAGUGCGGCAGACACGAGCGACAGGAUGCGCAGCGCAGGGAGCGCGCUUGAGGAGCUGCUGGUCUCCGCGAGAAAGCAGGACUUCCUUACAGUCGGGGUGUACGAGUCUGCAAAGGUCAUGAAUGUCGACCCGGACAGCGUGGCUUUCUGCGUGCUGGCCGCAGACGAGGAGCACGAGGGUGACAUCGCGCUGCAGAUCCACUUCACGCUCAUACAGGCGUUCUGUUUCGACAACGGCAUCAACAUCGUUCGGGUUAACGACAUCGCGCGCCUCUCCGACAUAGUUGGGAGUGACGACACGGGCAACCCCAAGGACGCGCACUGCCUUCUCGUGACGAAUCCUGACAUCGCGUCAUGGAAAGACCCGGCUGUGGAAACGCUGGCGAUGUUCUGCGAGGAGAGCCGCAGCGUGUACGACUGGGUGCCGACUGUCACGCUCCCGGAACGCUGAAGACAGAGCACGCUCGCGCGCCUACACGAGCCCAGCAGGAAAGCCCGUCAGACCCUCUUGAGGGGGUCCAGCGGCACGCUGCAAACCUCGCGAUGUUGUGUGGAUUACAGUGCAGAGCACAGAGAGACAAACCGAGCCUGUCCGCGGGCACUGGACCACGCCAAGCAAACAGACUCGGGGGAGCGGCUGUGCCGCGUGCCCUCGGCCUCCGGGCAGGGUUGGCACUCAGGUGGAGGACCAGAGACAACAGAUGGAGGAGGAGGUGGUCGCAAGAAGUGCCUUCUCUGGAGAAAUUUGUGGAGUGGAAGGAGGAAUUGAAGCUGAAGUAAACUGAAGAUAUGAAGGACUUUCAUUUGAUUUUUAUUGUCUGAAUGGCACAUGGGAAAGUGGUGAAGUGACCUACCGUGGACUGCAGGACUCUGUGAGUGACUGUUCUGCUCACAUGCAGCUCGGUGUGGUGCCUUGUUUGGGUUCUCUGGGGUUUUGUCUGUGUUUUGUCAGGAACUCUCCAGAUGUAAGUAGAUAACUGAAGUGCAAAAGCAAAGUUUUGGAAACAUCAAAAUAAACAUUUAAAAUUG